GAUAGCAUGUUAUUCGAACGUUAUCUUCAUCCACAUGUUUUCCUCUCUCUACAUCACAACCAAGAUAUGAAAACCAGGCGACAACUCGGGGAUGAAUGCUAAAUAUUAUUCCCUCGUAUCAGCACGAGCAUAUUGAUCGAGGAAUAUCAGUUAUGGGUCUGCCAUGCAUGCCAUAUUAAGUUCAUGCAUGCUUCCAAGUUUGAGCACAUAAUCUUCUGAUCAAAAAGUGAGAAACCUGUUCGUCUUCCAUUUUGCAGCUCUUCUAUAUAUGUCUGCAACAUGAUGUUGAUCUUACACUUGAGAUAAUUUGCAGUUCUUCAUAACUCGCUGAAGAGAGAUUAAUCGGAAAAUGGAGAAACCGAGAGCAAAACCUUCUGCAGUGUACGAGGGAGAUGAUGAGUGGAAAUCCAUUGAGGCCUUCGAACUGCCGGAGAAGAUUCAGGGUGAAUUAGGAAGCUCUUCUUCCAUUGCUUCUAGUAGUACUGUUGGUAGCAGAGAUACGGACGCGAACAAGUGGAUGGCAUUUGACCGAGAGGGCGUCGGCGGCAAGCCGGCAAACUCAAAUUCUUCUAGCGAUAAAAUAAUAAGAACUGAAGCUGGCAUAUUGGAAAGGACAGCAGAGUGGGGUCUGGUGGUGAAGGCAGAUCCCGUGGGAGGAGGAAGUUUCAGAGCAGUGGGGAGUAAGAACUUCCAGACGGCGGGGUCAUCGCAGGAGCAUGGAGAUCGGAGACUUCAUGUUAGAGCGGAGUCGACAAGGACAUCGGAGGAAUCGAACUAUGGAUAUGAAACAUCAUCGGGGAGCUUCAUCCCGAGAGUAUCGCAAGAGUUGAAGGAGGCUCUGGCAACUCUGCAGCAGACAUUUGUGGUGUCGGAUGCCAGAAAACCAGAAUGCCCCAUAAUGUACGCCAGCAGCGGCUUCUUUGGCAUGACCGGUUAUUCGUCGGAGGAGGUCAUUGGAAGGAACUGCCGAUUUCUUCAGGGGCCGGAAACAGACCGGAGUGAAGUGGCCAAAAUACGAGACGCAGUUAAAAACGGGAAGAGCUACUGUGGCAGGCUCUUGAACUACAAGAAGGACGGUACCCCUUUCUGGAAUCUUCUUACUGUCACUCCAAUCAAAGAUGACCGUGGGAGAACCAUCAAAUUUAUUGGAAUGCAGGUGGAGGUCAGCAAAUACACUGAAGGUGUUAAUGAUAAGGCAUUACGGCCAAAUGGGUUACCCAAGUCUUUAAUCCGUUAUGAUGCUCGUCAGAAGGAGAAGGCCUUAGGCUCAAUCACAGAGGUGGUGCAAACUGUAAAACAUCCAGAAUCUCACGUUCAAGCUAUGAUUCAUGACACUACCAGCUACCAUGAAGAAUGGGAAAAUUUCAACCUUGAUUAUAUUCUGCCAAAAUCUGCAGAAACUCAGAAUACGAAUACACCUAAUAGACAAAAUCGUUGGUCUGAUUCCAGGGGCGAUGUGUCUCAGUCAAGUUCUUGUCAGGAAGCAGACAAGAAAUCUAGAAAAUCCGGACACAUUUCCUUAAUGAGUUUUAAAGGGCGGUCUCUGAGCUCUGCCAGGAGGCAUGAAAAGAAACAAAGUAUAGAACAAGAGGUUUUGAUGACUAAAGACAUAAAGCGCUCCGACAGUUGGGACCAUGCUGAAAGAGAAAAGGAUAUACGCCAAGGAAUUGACCUAGCAACCACACUGGAACGCAUUGAGAAGAACUUUGUGAUCACUGAUCCUAGACUUCCUGACAACCCUAUUAUAUAUGCAUCUGAUACCUUUCUCGAAUUGACAGAAUAUACACGUGAAGAAAUUUUGGGAAGAAACUGUAGAUUUCUUCAAGGACCUGAAACAGAUCAUGCAACCAUCUCAAAAAUUAGAGACGCCAUUAGAGAACAGAGGGAAAUCACAGUUCAGUUGAUCAAUUAUACUAAGAGUGGAAAGAAAUUCUGGAAUUUAUUUCACCUGCAACCUAUGCGUGACCUAAAGGGUGAGCUACAAUACUUCAUUGGUGUCCAAUUAGAUGGAAGCGAUCAUGUGGAACCCCUGCGCAACCGCCUCUCAGAGACAACAGAGCAGCAGAGUGCCAAGUUGGUCAAAGCCACUGCAGAAAAUGUUGAUGAAGCUGUCAGAGAACUUCCUGAUGCCAACUUGAGACCAGAAGAUUUGUGCGCAAUUCAUUCUCAACCUGUCUCUCCAAGACCGCACAAAAAGGACAGUCCUUCUUGGAUAGCAAUACAAAAGAUCACUGCACGCGGGGAGAAAAUAGGGCUACAUAAUUUUAACCCCAUAAGACAAUUGGGUUUUGGAGAUACUGGCAGUGUCCAUUUGGUGGAGCUGCAGGGUACAGGUGAACUGUAUGCUAUGAAGGCAAUGGAAAAGUCGGUCAUGCUGAACCGUAACAAGGUUCACCGAGCAUGCAUUGAGAGGGAAAUCAUUUCACUACUCGAUCAUCCUUUUCUUCCCACACUCUAUGCUUCAUUUCAGACAUCUACACACGUUUGUUUGGUAACAGACUUUUGCCCUGGUGGAGAAUUGUUUGCUUUGCUUGACAAGCAACCAAUGAAAUUUUUUAAAGAGGAAUCUGCGAGGUUCUAUGCGGCAGAGGUCGUCAUUGGGUUGGAGUACCUCCACUGUUUAGGAGUAGUUUAUCGUGACCUGAAGCCUGAAAAUAUCUUGCUACAAAAGGAUGGACAUGUUGUACUAACUGACUUUGAUCUAUCAUUUAUGACCUCGAGUAAACCCCAAAUCAUCACACACCCACUACCUGGUAAUAGGAGGCGAUCUAGGAGUCAACCACCGCCAACAUUUGUUGCAGAGCCAGUUACCCAGUCAAACUCAUUUGUUGGAACUGAAGAAUAUAUUGCUCCUGAAAUUAUUACAGGUUCUGGACAUAGUAGCGCCAUUGAUUGGUGGGCUCUUGGUAUCUUCUUGUAUGAGAUGCUCUAUGGUCGUACACCUUCGGGGAAGAAUAGGCAGAAAACAUUUACCAACAUCUUGCACAAAGUUCUGACCUUUCCAAGCAGCAUUCCUGUAAGUCUUACAGCCAGACAGUUGAUUUACGCAUUGUUGCAAAGAGACCCUACCAGCCGUUUAGGAUCAAGUACUGGUGCAAAUGAAAUCAAAGCACAUCCUUUUUUCCAUGGAAUUAAUUGGCCUCUAAUCCGCUGCAUGAGUCCACCGCCAUUGGAUAUGCCUCUUCAAUGCAUCGGAAAAUAUCCAAAUGCCAAGGAAGUGCGGUGGGAAGAUGAUGGAGUGCUUGUUCAGUCUACAGAUAUGGAGAUUUUUUGAAGGCAGUUAUUGUG